UGCAAGCGUCGCUUGUUUUUCUCCGGCCUCCUUCCUGUACCCAGGUUGAGGAAGUGAAUUCGCUGACAGGGUUGGGUUCUGUAGAGGGAGGCGAAAAGAAACAUCUCAUAUUCGGUGGGGACAAAACACAGCAAUAGUCGCGGGGAACCAUUUAUAAAACACAUCAGUUAAAAAUUGCAGGCUCAUCGGUGAAAUCAUAUUCCCCCACUGACAUCGCCACAGAACUCCGCAGACAUGAACGACCAGCAGCUAGAUUGUGCCCUGGACCUGAUGAGGCGUCUGCCGCCUCAGCAGAUUGAGAAGAACCUCAGCGACCUCAUUGACCUGGUGCCCAGUCUGUGUGAGGACCUGCUCUCCUCCGUGGAUCAGCCUCUAAAAAUCGCCAAGGACAAAGUGGUGGGCAAAGACUACCUGCUCUGUGAUUACAACCGAGACGGCGACUCCUACAGAUCCCCCUGGAGUAAUAAGUACGAGCCCCCCAUCGACGAUGGCGCGAUGCCAUCAGCCCGUCUGAGGAAGCUAGAGGUGGAGGCCAACAACGCCUUCGACCAGUACCGAGACCUGUACUUUGAGGGCGGCGUGUCUUCCGUUUACCUCUGGGACUUGGACCACGGCUUCGCCGGCGUCAUCCUCAUCAAGAAGGCCGGCGAUGGCUCCAAGAAGAUCAAGGGGUGCUGGGACUCCAUCCACGUGGUGGAGGUGCAGGAGAAGUCGAGUGGCCGCACCGCUCACUACAAACUCACCUCUACUGUCAUGCUGUGGCUGCAGACCACCAAGGCCGGCUCUGGUACCAUGAACCUGGGGGGCAGCCUCACAAGACAGAUGGAGAAGGACGAGACGGUGGGAGAGUCCUCACCGCACAUUGCCAACAUCGGCCGCCUUGUGGAGGAUAUGGAGAACAAGAUCCGCUCCACGCUGAAUGAAAUCUACUUUGGGAAGACCAAGGACAUCGUCAACGGCCUAAGGAGUGUCCAGACUCUGGCUGACAAGUCGAAGCAGGAGGCUCUGAAGAACGAUCUAAUGUUGGCGCUCAAACGCAAACAGCAAAGCUAGAGACGCUGCGGCCCGUGUCCUUCUGUCUGUCUCUCUGUCCAUCUCUCUCUGUCUCUCUGUCUCUCGCUCUCGCUCUCUCUCUCGCUCUUUCGCACGCUCUCUCUCUCUGCCUCAUUUCUGCCAUUUCAUUUCCUUUUUCUUUCUGUUUAUUUGCGUCCCACCCUCCAUACCCGUCUCACUCUUGCUGCACUCUUUUUGUUUCAUUUGUGGACAAAACGACACAAAAAAAAUGAGGAAAUUCGUAGCUUAUUUUUUAAAUAAAACAUUCACGCUUUUGUUUUGAGGCAUCUCAUUUAUCACGAAAGCCAUUUACCCCCUCCCUCCCUUUCUCUCUCUGUCUCUCGUACUAUGAAUAUAAUGAUAGUAUUGCAACGGUUACUGGUAAUAUUGUCUCAUCCAGAACUGGGUAAUAGACAACACAGACUGUACUGUUUAUCAGGGGGGAGGGCUUUUGGCAAGACUAUCAAAUAGUCAUCAUUUCACAUCCCUUUUAUUGCUUUCCCCUAUAUCUUUCUUUUGUUUAUCAAAACACGCCGAAAGCACCCCUAAUUUAUCUGUAAGGAAACCUAACCUGUCAAUGUAGCUGCCAUCUUUCAAAGGGUUGAUGGGGGGAGGGGGGGAGCUGUGCGGGGGUGAGAGGGGGAGAGCCUGGGUCGAGGGGAGUGGGAGUCGGGUUGGGUAGAAAAUGGUAGACUUUUACAAAACAUGGGAAUGGACUGUUAAACUCACUGUACAUACCCAUGCCAUUAAGCACACACUCAUCCCUCCCCCCCUCUCCCUUUACACUGUGUAUAACAUGAAUAAUGGUCUCCCCUUUUGUUUCGCUAUCCUACUCUCUCUCUCUCACUGACUCACUCUCUCUCUCCCUCACUGACUCACUCUCUCUCUCCCUCACUCUCACUCUCUCUCUCUCUCCCCGUCUGUCUUUGUUGGGGGUCACAGUUUGUCUUGGCGUUUAACGGAAACUUUUGACCAUUUCCGUUUCGGAGGGGAAUCUUUUGUUGUAUUUUGUUUUUAUUUUGUAAAGCUUAUGAUUCAUAUUGUAUUAGAGCCUCCAGCAACAAUAAAAACGGUAAAAAGCUCCCCUUGGCGUCUCCAUGUCU